GUUGUUGUUGUUUGUGGACUGCUCUGUUUAAUCUUCUGGAUACCUCUUGGACUGGACCUUGAUGGGAGUGAUUCACAACAGCAGAACUGGGUUUCCCGAGGAAAGGAUGCUGCCUGGUCUUUGGUUUCAUGUACAAGGAGAAGUAUCGGCGGAUGACUGAAGCAGGGCCAGCAUCUUCGUUUACCCAGCAGCCUCAGGACCAAGUCGUGAUUGCCGGGCAGCCUGUGACCCUCCUAUGUGCUAUUCCAGAAUACAAUGGGAUUGUGCUAUGGAUUAAAGAUGGACUUGCGCUUGGAGUAGGACGGGAUCUCUCAAGCUACCCUCGCUAUUUGGUUGUGGGGGACCAUCUGUCAGGAGAACAUCACCUGAAGAUUCUGAGAGCAGAUCUACAAGAUGACGCAGUUUACGAAUGCCAGGCCAUCCAGGCAGCCAUCCGUUCCAGACCUGCCCGGCUGACAGUUCUCG